GGCAGGCAGCUUCAAUCGCCUGUUGCUUUCGAAUCUGAUCUCCUCGAACGCCGCCUUCCUUCUCGACACGGACUUGAGAGCUCCUCUUCACUAUCUUCUUCACCAGCGCAAGGAUUUGCGAUCGGAUUGCUGCCCAUGGGUUCCGAUUUCCAGGCUAUUCCCAUCAUAGAUAUCAGUGCUUUCUUGGAAAAGAUUGAUGAUCCCAGGAUGGGUGAUGACAAAGAACUGCUAGAGGUCAUUAGGCAAUUGGAUGAUGCUUGCAAAGAAGCAGGGUUCUUCUAUGUGAAAGGUCAUGGUAUUCCUGAUUCACUGGUUAAAGAAGUAAAGGAUGCAACAAGCAAAUUCUUUAACCUUCCAAAUGAGGAAAAGGUAAAGAUUAAGAUGACACCAGCAAGUGGAUACAGAGGUUACCAAGAAGUCGCAGAAAAUAUAACUCUAGGGAAGCCUGACAUGCAUGAAGCAAUUGAUUGUUAUAGGGAAAUGGAAGCUGGGAAAUAUGGAGCCCUUGGUCAACUUUUAGAGGGUUCUAAUUUGUGGCCAGAUUAUCCUUCAAAUUUCAAAGUGGUGAUGGAAGAGUAUAUUUGUCUGCUUACAGAUCUUUCAAGAAAGAUUAUGCGUGGAAUUGCUUUAGCACUGGGUGGACCACCAGAUGCAUUUGAAGGUGAUCGGGCAGGUGAUUCUUUUUGGGUAAUGCGAUUAAUUGGAUAUCCAGUUUUGUCUGAUAUCCCAGAGUUGCAACGCACUGAGACAGGAUGUGGAGCACACACGGAUUACGGCCUUCUGACUUUGGUUAACCAAGAUGAUGAAAUAAAUGCUCUUCAGGUUAGAAACAGAUCUGGUGAAUGGAUCUCUGCACCUCCCAUUCCUGGUACCUUUGUAUGUAACAUCGGAGACAUGCUAAAGAUUUGGUCUAACGGAUUGUACGAGUCAACUCUUCAUAGAGUAAUCAACAACUCGCCAAAGUAUCGUGUUUCUGUUGCCUUCUUUUAUGAGCCAAAUUUUGAUGCAGCUGUCGAGCCAUUUGACUUUUGUAUGCAAAAGACGGGGGGUACGCCCAAGUUUGGGAAGGUUGUUUAUGGAGAACAUUUAGUUGGCAAGGUUGGAAACAACUUUAGAUACUGACACCGAUAUUGGUGUUCCUUUAGAUGUUCAUUUCGACGUCACUGCUGAAAAUCUGCAUUCAGCUGUUCUAACGACCUCGUGGAUCAGAUGAGAAAUGCAAGAGAGCUUGAUGCUAAAUCUUUGAGAUAUUUGUGCGAUUGACACUUAGAAUGUUGAAUAUUAAUUUCUGUGCUUUCAAGAACAGAAGUUGUUUGGAUCUGUUCUCAAGCUUUAUGUUUAUUUAUGACUUGACCUAUAAAAUUUGUACCAUGAUUUUCAAGAAUAAUUAUAGAUAAUCCUCUAUAAUUAACUAUGA